GGAUCUAUGUUUACUUCCGGAUUUCCUGUGAUGCAGGAGCCAGAACGUAACAGCGGCAGCGGCUGAAGAUCUGGGCACAGGGUUCUUGACCGAGGACAAAUCAGCGGUACCCGGGACUUGCAUCUGCCGGUCCUGUGAUCCGCAGAGGGGGAGCCGCGACAAGCCGGGGGUGAACGCCUACCCUUCAGAGCAGGGCAACGGGGGACAAUCGGAGCACCACCGUCUUAACCUCAAGUCAAUGCAGAUCUCCCUUCGCCCGCCUCGGGUGCAGCGCCGGUUCCGCUGACACGGUUCAUGCUCUUGUUGGCGACCCCACACCUCGCCAUCAGGCGCUGCAGAGCGAGCUGACACUGGAGCGACACAGCCGGCACCCGGAGAAAGAAGUUGAAUAACAAGCGGGAUUGGGGUUGGGAUACUGAUAAGCAGGAGGGCGCCUCCAGCCUGCAGUGGAUUUGUCUCUUCAGCAGUCAUGGAUUGGCUUAUGGGGAAGUCCAAGACGAAGCCCAAUGGUAAGAAGCCGCCCACCGAGGAGAAGAAGCAGUACUUGGAAGUGGAGUAUACAAAAGUCCGGGUCGUCGACUUCGACCUCAAGGAGCUGGUGGUGUUACCGCGAGAGAUCGAUCUCAACGAAUGGCUAGCCAGCAACACAACAACCUUCUUCAAUCUCAUCAACCUCCAGUAUAGCACAAUCUCCGAGUUCUGCACCGGGGAGACCUGUCAGGCUAUGACAGCCUGCAAUACGCAAUACUACUGGUAUGACGAGCGGGGGAAGAAGACGAAGUGCACGGGCCCGCAGUACGUGGACUUUGUCAUGAGUCUGGUCCAGAAGCUGGUGACGGACGAAGACAUCUUCCCAACAAAGUACGGCAAGGAAUUUCCCAACUCCUUCGAGUCUCUAGUAAAGAAGAUCUGCAAGUACCUCUUCCACGUGCUGGCUCAUAUCUACUGGGCCCACUUUAAGGAGACUGUGGCGCUGGACCUGCAGGGACACUUGAACACUCUCUACACACAUUUCGUCGUGUUUAUAAGGGAAUUCAACUUGGUGGACCCCAAGGAGACCUCCAUCAUGGACGACCUCACGGAGGUCCUCUGUACGCCAGUGGCCGCGGCACAGAAUCACGUCAAGGAGAGAUGAGCCCGCCUUCGCCGCCGCCGCCGCGCUGGUGGGGGGGACAACGGACCGCGAGGGCAGAGCGAGGAAGGGAAAGCAGCACACUAGAGCUUCGAAAUCAAGAACAUAGCGAAACCAACAUAAAGACUGAGCGAGCAGCAGAUCUCCACUCCUGCAGGAACUGGUGUGGGUUUCCCUGAGGCAGUCCUGCCUGCCUACUCUGCCCUGUAACUAGGAACGAACCACGUCUUUUGUUUUAUUUGAUCUUUUUUUUCCCCACGUUUUUAUUGUUUUUUUCGGGAGUGUUUCCAUUCCCUCCUUUUCAUCCCUCUCUCCUCAUACGCAUAUUAGGUUGGUGGUGUCACCACUUUUAAUGUAUUCUGUAACAAUCUAAAAACAAUAGUGGGGGGGGGAAACAAGAAGAGUGACUUUUUAAUUAUAAUAGCUUUUUUUUUUUGCAUAAUCCCAGUUCUGGGAGGGGGUGGGCGGGAUGGCUACUGUCCUGUCUCCGGUGAGGCUCCUGUCCUCGUGUCAUUUCUUUUUAAUAAAGCAACCGCUAGUUAGAGGUCAUCCCAUGCAGAACCUGAGAGAGAGUAAGAGCCCGGCUAGCCAGAGGCAUGACUUCGAAAGCCGUCAGUUUUACGCUAUUGGCAUUAUGACUGUUGUAAAGUUGUGUAAAGACGCGACCUGGUCACCCCUGUGAAGGCAGAUGGUUGAGCCGCUGUCUCAGUGUGGGAGGGUCAGUCUGCUGAAGGGCCAGUCCACUUGUUCAGGCGGUGGGGGUGGCCGGGGAGAUGAGAAUUCCAUCAGGUCACCCAAGGGUGGGAGAUUCGUGGGAUGAGAAAUCGCUUCGACUGCAGAAGGGAGCAGGGACAGAAAGAGUCGGGAGGCUCGCAGACGGGACUCUCCCUGCCAGGCUCGCUGUUGCAUUGACGCCGCCUCGCCUGUGACUGGUGGCGGGAGCUCCUGUUGAGCGCGGAAGCACGCGCCGGACAAGGACAUGGCUCUGUCUGCUCACUCGUGCGCCUUCUCCCCUGGUGCUGGGAGCCGCGCCGCCGGCACGCCUGCAGGGGGCAGGAGAGGGCAAAACGGCAAGAAAGGAGGGGGCUGGGAGGCCCACGAAAUCAUUAAGACGUGCAGUUUUGUUUCUCAACGACACUUCUCCCUCUGAAAGUCUCUUUCCUUUAUCUUAAGGGGCUUUAUUUUAAAUCGGCUGCAAAAAAGGCACAGAUGCUUGUAUAAUAAUGAAAAGAAUAUAUCAGUUUGAUUAUGGUAUUUCAGAUGAAUACUUGACCAGUCAACAGCAAAAAGCGUGCGUGGGUUUUGCCGGUUUGUCCUGGUCAAUGUUGAAUUACUGUACUGAGAGGAUAUGAAAAUGGGAGCUGUUGGGAAUCGCCUCUGUUUCAUGGAGGGUGAAAUUAUUAUUUUUCCUAUUUUUAUUUUUUUGACAUUUGCAGGGUUCUUCAGUUCUGGCUUUCAUUUUUAUGUAUUUUAAUUAUUAUAUAAGUUAAAAGCAAUUUAAUAUUUUACGCUCUGCGAAUUAUAACCUAAUAAAAGACAAAUAUAUAGCCUCCUGUCUCUGUUUCAGUCUCUUUCUGGCUCUUUCUGAACUGGGAUUAGAAAAGUCAUUUAUGGGUUUUUUUUUGUCAGCUACCCAAACUUUAAAAAGUUUGGUUUCAUAGAGGAAAUAUAUUUUAAAAUGUCACACUCACUGCCAUAUGAUAAAGCUGUUUUCAGGUGUUUAUUUUUUGUUUAGAACUUAUUUUGACUAUUUCUAUGUGUUUUGGGAUGUAACUUUGAAUAAAGCAGAGUCACACAC